AUGUUCUGAACAGAGGGUCAUAACUGUAGAAUGAAGCUUGAGGAAGAUUCCUAGAAUCUUUUUUUUUUGCGCGGGGGGGGGAUGUUUUAAAUCUCCUGUGAUUCAUUUACAGCCAGAGUUGGCCAGGUUGUUUGCAGAGAAGCUAAUCUUAUAUUUUUAGCAUGGCUCACGACUAUUAAGAUCUUGGAGGCGACACCCUUCUCGGAACCUGGCUUCUCAGCUUUGGUUUGGUCGAAUUUGCGUUUUGAGAUACACUUAAAGUGCUACAGUCAUCCUUUUGCUCAAGACCAUCUGAUCAGCAAGUUGGGAACAUGUCUGCUCCUGGGAAUGCUUUACAUCUCUUCUUGGUGCUCAUUUCAUUUCUGAUUGGAGUGCCAGCUGUGGAAGCCUUGGAUACAGGCGAUGCACUGGCGAUCUUGCUGGGUAUGCUUCUCAGUGCAAUUGGACUCUGUGCCUGUUUGGGCUUAUAUGCAAGAAAACGAAAUGGAGAACUGUGACUUUAAGAAAAGGUGUCCCGGUUGAGGACAGACAACUUCUUGGUUGGGUUAAGGCUUAAAAACUGAGUUUCUGAUUGUUCCCAAAACUAAUAUAUGAGUCUUCAAAUCCUUAAUGUCAUGCUUUGUUGAAGAUUAGAUACUGUGCCUGACAGAUAGAUGUGAAAUUGAACUUGUAAGAAGAUAAUUAUUAUAUAUUUUCUGUGAUUGAGGGGUUGCCUUAAGAGAGAUGCAACUGGUUUUGUUGCACACAAAAAAUUAAAUGCAAAGUUGCGUAAGAAAAUGUUACAAGGUUUAUGAAAAGGCAAGUGUGCAAUAAUCAGUCAAAACUAUAUGUAUGAACUUUUCAAGUAGAGAAGCACUCCUAAUUGAUUACAUUAAGGAAUUCUUUGCUUAGCUUCCGGUUAAAGUAGCUUUUUCUUUCUUAACAACCAAAAAAAAUAUCAGAGUCCCUUUCUACUUCUAUGGAAAGAUCACUAGCUGGUAUAUACCUGUCCAGGGACAGAGAGCACCACCGUCCUGAAUUUGUGGUGCACCCUGCCUGAGCCACAGAGGACAGCCGCACUGGGCAGUAAAUCUGGCUAUGGCAAAUGGAGAGAUGCAACAAGCAUGACCACUAGCUGGGGACAGCAGGUGGUGUUUGAGCAGGCAAUUCCUGCAGGGUCUUCACCACUGUGGGGCCCAACACCGACCACCCAGCCAGUGCCCAGCCGUUAUGGGGUCUCUGGCUUAAAGAACUGAACUUGAGGAGAGCUAUCUGUCUUAGGAAAUAACCCACUGGAAGCUUAUGUGAUGCAAACCUUAUUGAAGUGAGUGGGGAGUAAUCAAGUGUAUGCCUCAGGUUGAUUUUAGCUGAGUUCCUGGUAGAUUGAUUUUAGAUCUCUUAAAUAUCUUUGAACUCAUACAUUUCUUUCAAAUUUCCUUAGGGAAAUAUAACAGUGCCCAAAUAUUUUCUGCACGGUAUCCCUCAAUUUAUUUUUAUUUUCUCUUCUCGAAGACUUUUGAAUGAGUAUUGUAAAGAUAUUCAAGGAGGCAAAGUGUACUGAGAACCCAAUUAGAUUAAUAUGCAAAGUCUUCCAGUAUAACUAUACAAAUUCCACAAAUUGUGUAGUUGAAAUGGGAGUGUGCAAGGCACUCUUGAAAGUCCUUCUGACUGUGAUUGAAGGUGUACCUAAAUUCUUUGCAAGAAUUCUGGAUUUUUUAAAAGGAGGAAAUCUUGCCACAAGACAGAAAUAAAAGCACAAAGAGAUGGGAAUGCUUAGUCAGAUUUUAGCAUGCAGUCAUUGUUUUAAGUUGCGUAGAAGAGUACCCCUAAACUAAACCCAGUGAAAUCAAUGGCUUUAAAAUGCAAUCAUUGCAUAGGUUUACAGAGCAUGUCGUAUGCUUCUCUUUUGAUAACCUGGUUCAGGGAUAUGAAGUGUGUUCUAAUGGAACACUAGGGUUUGCACUUGCAGUAAAAUUUCAUGAUGCAUCAUUCUUCUUUUUUUUUUUAAAGGCAAGCUCCACUCCUGAGCACCUUCAUGCUAGUGUAAAGAAGUAUGGCAACAUAGUCCAAAAUACAACAAAGUGGAAUUACUGGCCAGCAGUAGCUGAAAUGUACCUCCCUCUUCUCCACAAGUGUCUCUACACAUAGUGAGGGGCCCAUCACAAAUCAAUCAUCAGUCAUAGCACUGAGAGUUGAAAUCAGAGGCAUCAUCAUUCUCCAUCAUUAGGAGGCUUAAUUGGUAUUGCUUGUUAUGCCAGGUUCCUGUUAGGACAUUGGGAUGGUUGCAUAUCUGAUGUAAAGAUAAUAUAGAAAGAAAUUCCCAAAAGACAGGGGGAAAGGGACUAUUUAAGGUUCUGUUUGUUUCAGAAUGUUGAUAGAAUUAACAGGUUAAAUGGAUUGUGAAUUUUUGCCAUGUUACUGGUCUACCACUUUCCCAGAUGAAUUUCCCAGUUCUGCAGAUCUGGCAAGCACAAAAUGUUUUCCAAGACUGACCUUCCAGUUGAACCUCUUUGUCAACUUGUUUUCAUGGUUCUUUUCUUCCUUUAAAGAAAUCAAAUGUAUAUACUUGCUAAGAGACUUGGUCUAGUUUGUUUUUAAAAUGCAAGUAAACCUGUUGCAUGGCAAAGGAUUGUGUAACAUCCAGCCCUACUAAGACGUCUGGAUUGAGAAGUCUGAGACAGAUUUCAGAUAACGCUAUAGGUUUGGAAUGCUUUCAGAAUACAUUCUCACCUGAUGGUCUUCCCAACUGUGGUACAGUACAGCAGUAUCAGUACACAUCAACUAAUGUCACUAUGAUAGUCUUGUCUCUCAAUUUUUGUUUGUUUGUGGUACAAAAUGUGUAUGCAUUGUGUCAGAUGCGAAGUGGUGUUCGGUGUAUGAGUAUUCCUGUUCAUCUAUUUAAAAAUAUAGGUAAGUGGCAUCUGGAAAAGGAGAAGACCAAUUCAUUUAAUUUGAAGGAGUGAGCCUGGAAAUGGUAGUGAACAUUCAUUUCACAUCUGAUGAAAACCAUGUGUGUUUUGUACCAAACUACAAAAUAGUCAAAAGCUAAUAUGUUCAGAAUACUUUCCAAGAAAGUGUCAUUGAUUCCCCCCCCCCUUUUCACACGAUGCAUGUGAUAAAAGUCAUUUGGAGAAAUGACCUUGACCUCAAAAAGAAGGAACUGUUAUACCACUCUUAAAGUAUUCUGCCUUUGAUGUUAUAUAGAGGGUCUGCUGUGAGCAUCUUUGCGAAAAUAUUUUUGUAAUAAUCCUGUCGAAAUCUGAGAAGUAGUUGAUUGAAGCCUAUGAUAGCAGAUGAAGCCAAAGAAAUAUACUUGAUAUUCCUCUA